CUCCGGACCUCAACAAAGUUUUUCUCUCAGCAUUUACGAAAACACCCUUAUUUGCAUACGAUAAAACAUACUGUGUUAUUUAAAUUAUAAACAAUCGAGCAACAGUGAAAUUGGUCAAAGUUACAGUUAUUACAAAAAAAAAACAUACAAAUUAAUUGAGUGAACAUAGAAUGUGAAUAAUAUAAAUAAUCUCAGAAGUAUGAAGUGUAUAUUAUUAUAACAAUCAAGAUUUGGGUCAGAUGAACUUGUCGUGCCCGAGAGUUCAUUUGCGCGACGCUUGCGCCUUUGCACCGAUGAAGUUUUCUAACCAUGAGUGUCUGGUGCCGUGUCGUGAUUAUGGUGUCCACGAUCAGUACCGGCGUGUUGUCUCCGGCGCCGAUGAAUGCUGAAGUUAAAGAAACAUACGAUCGCCAAUAUUGGUAUACUCAGGCGCAGGAAACAUUGCAAAAACGUCUUCAAUACGUAACUGGGAAAAAUCCUAUUGCAAAGAACGUGAUAUUAGUAGUAGGGGACGGGAUGAGCCUGACCACAGCUACCGCCGCAAGGAUACUUCGCGGCCAACGACGGGGUCAGAGCGGAGAGGACACUGAUCUAGUCUGGGAUACCUUCCCCGCUGUGGCUUUGGCGAAGACGUACAACGUGGACGCUCAAACCGGCGAAUCAUCGGCUUGUGCGACUGCUCUGCUCUGUGGGGUAAAGGCGAGAUAUGAAACCUUAGGACUCGAUGCUACCGGACGAUUCAACAAUUGCGCCUCGGCAGUUCACUCGAAGGUUACUUCUCUGAUAGACUGGGCGCAUGAUGCAGGUAAAUCUAGUGGCAUCGUCACGACUGCGAGAAUCACUCAUGCCACACCAGCUGCUCUAUAUGCGCACGCGCCUUCGCGCUAUUGGGAAGAUGACAGCAGAGUGCCACCCACUGUUCGGCGAGACUGCAAGGACAUCGCCCUACAACUCGUUGAAAAUGAACCAGGGAAGAGCAUAAAUGUUUUAAUGGGUGGUGGUCGGCGUCAUUUUCUGCCCAACGUCACGCCAGACCCCGAGCACCCAAACAGAGAAGGCCGGAGGCUAGAUGGCAGAAAUCUCGCUGAAGACUGGGCGAGAGAAAAGAAAAAAAGACAUUUACGGGCACAGUACAUACAUACCCGGGAGCAAUUGGCCAAAUUAGAUCCGAGAAAUGUGGAUUAUUUGUUAGGGUUGUUUGAAUAUUCCCACAUGGAGUUUAAUGCGGAGAGAGGAGCGGCAGCGGAUACGGAAGAGGGUGCGGGUGCGACCGGAAACGCUAAAGCGGAAGAUCCUUCGCUCGCUGAUAUGACACGCGUCGCACUUUCUAUCCUGACUAAAAAUAACAAAGGCUUCUUUUUACUCUUGGAAGGUGGUAGGAUAGACCAUGCUCACCAUUACAACAAUCCCUAUAGAGCGCUAGACGAAACGUUAGAAUUAGAGACGGCGUUACUGGCAGCCUUAGAGAAAGUCAAUCCAGCUGAGACUUUGAUCGUGGUCACCGCUGAUCACGGCCACGUUAUGACUUUUGGUGGCCAAGCGACGCCACGCGGUCAUCCUAUAUUAGGAUCAGACACUGUCCCAUCGGACAUCGAUGGCCUGAAGUAUACCACGUUGUUGUACGGCACUGGACCGGGCCAUUCGGAGCCAAGAGCUUUGCCCUUCAACGGUACUCUGUCUCUGUCCGUCGACGCUGUUCACGCAGCUGCAGUGCCCAGACAGUGGUCCACGCAUGGAGGAGAAGAUGUACCUGUUUAUGCCUUAGGUCCAAUGGCUACUGUUUUGUUUACGGGAGUAGUGGAACAGAGUUACAUUCCCCACGCUAUUGCAUAUGCAGCUUGCUUAGCUCAUCACGCGCGUCGAUGUGUGGAUUCGUUUAAUUAUACAAAGCCUCAAAUAAAACUACCAAGCUGUGUACCCCCGGAAGUGAGCAGUGUGUCAGCUGCGGAUGAAACCCGAAACGAUGCAAGUGGCCGCCGGGUUAUAGUGGCCUCUAGUGUCAUGUCUGACGAAAGGGGCACGCGCACAUCCGCGACUGUUUCUCUUCAGACCGACGUACACUUUAUUUUUGCAUUUUACGCAACAAUUUUACUAAUACAUAAUCGUGUGUUGAAUGAUAUGUAUUAUACUGGUGUUUCAUUAUAAGUUUAAGAAGGCUCUUGAGUGUAUUUUUACAGGUUUGUUUACAGCUUGUAUAGCAAAUAAAACUAAAGUUUACGAUUACUAUUUAACUUUUGUGAUGUUCGUUAAUUUGAUAAUGUAAAUAUUUAAAAUUUAUUA